AUGCUUCUGAAGACAGCUGUCAGCGGAGGGGCAUGGGGAUCUGUCCUACAGGGGAGAGACCUGACAGGAGUCCUGUUUGGCUGGGCCGCUACCCAGAUCUCUCACCUGUCACUCAUCCCAGAGCUGGUUCAGCUGUGUGUGUGUGUGUGUGUGUGUGUGUGUGUGUGUGUGUGUGUGUGUGUGUGUGUGUGUGUGUGUGUGUGUAGGUAUGCAUUCACAGUGAUAGCCAACAUCACAGUGUAUGCAGUGGCGUACCUGCUGUUCCACGUGCAGGCGGGGGAGGAUGAAGACGCUCUGGGACCCGUAGAUAUUCCCGUCUUCAGGAACCUGGCGCUGAUAGUGCUGGGCAUCGGGGCGCUCUUCUCCCUCUUCUUCCACCUGGGAAUCAAAGAGAAGAGCUCUGGAGCAGCAGGCAAGGCGGGAGGAGAGGAGGGGAGGAAGAGGGUAGAGGAGGAGGAAGAGGAGGAGGAGGGGGAGCGCAGACCCCUGCUCCCUGCUCCCCCCUCGUCCCUGCUGCAGUGGAAGUGUUGGCUGCAGCAGCCUUCUUUUUACCAGGUGGCCUUACUCUACAUGUCUACCAGGUUAAUAGUCAAUCUGUCUCAGACAUACAUCUCCAUGUAUCUCAUCAACACUCUGGGGCUGCCCAAGAAGUUCAUCGCCACCAUCCCGUUAGUGAUGUUCCUGAGUGGCUUCCUGUCCUCCUUCAUCAUGAAGCCUGUCAGUAAACUCAUUGGCAAAUCUCUCACCUACUUCCUAGGCCUGCUGCUGAUCAUGGCCUUCUCCUACUGGGUGCUGCUGGAGGGCCAGAUGGGUCAGCAGGUGUACGGGGCCGCGGUGCUGCUGGGGGCGGGGUCCGCCACCAUCCUGGUCAUAUCACUGUCCAUGACAGCGGAGCUCAUUGGAGGGCAGACGCAAAGUGGAGCGUUUGUGUACGGAGCCAUGAGCUUCACUGAUAAGGUGGCCAAUGGAAUCGCUGUGAUGAUCAUUCAGGUUCUGCAUCCCUGCAUACGGUGGUAUGCUGCCCGGACUGUGUGUGGUUCUAUCAUAACGUCAUGGUGAUAGUGACGGGGGGCGUGGCCGUCGUCGCCGCUCUGGCGCUCUGCUCCAUCCUCAUCUGGCCAAUCAGGAUCCGACCCCGUGGUCUGCCAGAGGAUGCAGCCAUUGUAAACUAGCAGCCCCCCCCACCUCUUUUACGGACAACGUUCACCCUGCGAAACAACAGGACCACUGCAGUCAGCAGGAGGAGCUUCACUUGAAAGACUCUUCUGUAGUUUGCAGGAACAUUCAGCCCUUUCUGAUGAAGUCAGAGGAGAGCAGGGAAACCAAAGGAACUGAGAAGAAGGGAGACUUUUUUUCAAUUUCUCACUCAACCCACAUUUAUAAACAUGAUCUUCUAAUCUAAGUGAAAUCAAAGGUUUAUAUAUAAUCAGUACACAACACAGUCAAAGUAAUAGAAGUCCCAGAUCAGCAGGAAGCAGCGUUUCCUCACAUUUAACCGUAUAAACUAUAAAGCUUACUUUAUUUUCACAGAAGCAAACUAACACAUAACAGUUGUAUUACUUUUGAACUGUGGGGUUGUGAGCACAUGGACUUGCUUCACUACAGAGCUGUGAGCAGGAACAUGCUUUAAACAUGAUGAGAAAACAGGGUCUGGUUUUUAGUUCAAGUAUUGUUCAUUGCAUUGGACAACACGGAGCCCGAGAGGAAAGCCUGGCAUGCUGGGGAUGCUUUAAUAAAGGGAACCGCUGCUUCACUAAAAGGUCAUCAGAGCUAAAGAAGAGGACGCUAAAGGGAACCAGAUCCAGUGUGGUGCGUUCACAGACACUGCACAACAAGCAGGGAUCAUUUGAACACAGUUCUUUGCAACGCUAGCGAGUUUCUUUUGAUGUGACUACAUUCUAAACUUCAUUCCAAGACUCUACGUGCUAAGGCUUCAGUACACUAGAGAAGGACACAUUGAUAGAGCACUACAUUGAAACAGACUGUCAGCAGGUACAGACGACUCUAAACAGGAAGCUUCCUGAGCAUCAGAGAAGUCUCACUCAGAAUCACUUUACAUACACGACACUGUCAAUAUGUUUACAGUUUGAGUUGGAAUCAUCAUGGAACAACUCAUCAUGAUAAGAUCAUAUUUCUAUUGUAAUAAUUCCUUUGCAUUGUUUUACCCUUUAUAAUCGCAAACCUAAAGGAACAUAUAUAAGGGAUAUUUUUAUAAUCACAGAUGAACUUGAAAAUCAGAAUUGUAUUACAUUUGAAUGAAUGUGAAAGGGAUCAAGUGAUAUUUACUAGGUGAAUGCCACUAAGGGAUUUACACUGGUGAUGUUCAGAACAGAGACUUCUGUGCUGCUGUUGUUUUAGAAAGAGACACGGAUUAAACAUUUGUAUGCUGUGCAACUGGAAA